AUGUGUGGUAUUGGUGCUUUUAUUCCAUUAUUGCAAGCCAACAACAACAACACCGAUUCUUGUCAUUCCAUACCAUUACAUCAUUUCAUUCAAACAUUAUCAAAUAUUCAUUUAUGUGACGAUGAUGAUGACAAUGAAAUGAUUUUGCCAAAUAAUAGUAAUAUUAAUAAUAAUAGUAGCAAUAAUAAUAAUAGUAGCAAUAAUAUUAUUCAUAAUAAUAAUAAUAAUAAUAAUAGUAAUCCUCAUACACCUACCUCUGAUAAUAGAUCCACAACAACAACAACAACAACAACCACAGACAUUCAAAAGUCCACAUGUUCCGAAAAUCAACCAAUAAUCCAUCAUUUUCCUUUCAAGAAAUCACAAACAUCCUUUCAACAAAUGAUCAAUGACAUGAAAAAUCAAUUACAAUUCAGAGGUCCUGAUUAUUCAGAAAUUAUUUCAUUCACACCCAUGUCGAAUGAUUCAAAAUUACAUUUCAUUUCAAGUGUAUUAUCAUUGAGAGGAAAUACAUUAUGUAAACAACCAAUUUAUAAUCAAGAUUUUGUAUUAUUAUGGAAUGGUGAAAUUUAUGGAAUGAAUUCAAUGAAUAAUAAUAAUCAUUCAAUAGAUAAUAAUAUUAAUAAUAAUCAUUCAAUAGAUAAUAAUAUUAAUCAUUCAAUAGAUGAUAAUCAUUUAAUAGAUGGUACAAUAGAUAAUAAUAUUAAUAAUAAUCAUUCAAUAGAUGGUAAUAAUAAUAUUGACAUGUCGUCCAAUAAUAAUGAAUUAUUGAAAUAUGGUAGUGAUACAUUAUUUUUAUUUCAUUUAAUUGAACAAUGUAUGAUGAAGGAAGAAUCGGAAGAAUCUUCUUCUUCUUCUUCUAAUAAUAAUAAUAAUAAUGGUAUCGAAAACAAUCCUCAUUCCCAUAGGAAUAAGAAGACUCUCUCUUCAAUUCUUUCCAUCUUUCAAAAUAUUCAAGGAGAAUUUGCAUUUAUUUUGUAUCUCAGAAAAUAUGAUCAUGUAUUAUUUGGAAGAGAUCGAUUAGGAAGAAGAAGUUUAUUGUUUUCAAUUGUACCAAUAUGUCCAUCAUCAGAAGGGAGUGAAGAUCCAACAAAUAGUUGUCCUAAUACUACCACUACCACCAACACUACUACCACUACUACCAAUACUACCACUACUCCUAAUCAUGAUGAAAUGACUCAUUAUUCCUUAAUACUCUCAAGUACUAGUUUCAAUUUAUCUCAACAACAACCACAAGUGAUGAAGGAUCCGAAUGCAUCAUCUUUUCUCUCAUCUUUUCAUCUUUUCAAUAACCACACCACUGAGAAUACCACCUUUCAUGACUCUCCUCACAAUUUGUUGAUGACGACAUGGUACAAUCUCUCUCCACAUAUCUUUUUAUUAGAUUUAUCAAGUCCUACUCGUACUACUACUACUACUACUACUUUGGAGAAGAUUGAAUAUGAUGAUGCAACACCACCACUCACACCCUCACCACCACUCACAUCACCACCACCACGAUCAACAACUCUAUCACCACCACUCGAACCACAACAACCACUCAUUCAUGACCAAAAUAGAAUUCAAUUAUAUGAUGAAAAUGCCAAUGUCAUGAAUUAUUUAGAUACCUUUCAUCAAUUAUUAUCCAAUAGUGUGAAUGUGAGAGUGAAUUAUUUAAAUGAUCAAGCAACCACGAUGAUGAUGCAUUCAUUAAAUAACAAUAAUACUACCAAUACUACUACUGUCAAUACUACUACUGUCAAUACUACUACUAUCAAUACUACUAUUAACACUGCUCAAUGUCAUCAUCCUACAUGUAAUGGUGCAACCACUCCUCUUCCCAAUGAAGCACCAUUUGCAAUUCUAUUUUCUGGUGGAAUUGAUAGUAUUGUAUUAGCUGCAUUGGCACAUUUAAAUACUUGUAACAAUACCUCAGAGAAUCAUCAUGUGAUGAAUGAGAAGAACAAUAGUAGUAACACCACCACUUUCACCACCACUCAUUCAUUAUUGACACUUCAGUCCUCUUCUUCUUCUUCCUCAUUAUUGACACUUCAGUCCUCUUCUUCUUUACCCAAAAUUACACUCAUCAAUGUCUCUUUUGGAAAUACACUCUCUCAAAUUGAAUCUUCACAUGAUCGAAUUCAAAGUAUUCAAUCCUUCAAAAUGCUCAAUUCAAAAUACAAUCAUCGAUUUCGUUUACUUCUAGUCAAUGUAUUGAAGAGUGAAUUAGAGACAUUGUAUUCAGAGAGAAUUAAACAAUGCAUUCAUCCCAAUAACACUGUAUUGGAUUAUACCAUUGGAUGUGUCUUGUGGUGUGCAUCGAGAGGAAUUGGAAUUUUAUAUGAUGAAAUUGAUGAUCAAAUAUUUGGUAAUAAUGAUGUCCAUGAGGAAAAGAAGAAUGAACAACAAAUAUUUGGUGAUGAUGUCCAUGAGGAAAAUAAUCAUUUGAAAAAGAAGAAUGAACAACAAAUAUUUGGUAAUAAUAAUAAUGACCAUGAGAAAAAGAAUGAUUUGAAAAAGAAUGAUUUGAAUCUUUUUCAAUCCACAAGUAGAGUCUUGUUGUGUGGCGUUGGAAGUGAUGAAUUAUUUGGUGGUUAUCGAAGAUAUUUGAAAAGAUUUUCACAACAAGGAUGGGAAGGAUUGAAUACUGAAAUGAAUAUGGAUAUGAAUCGAUUGUGGUAUAGAAAUUUAGGAAGAGAUGAUCGAAUCAUUAGUAGUCAUGGAAAAGAAUGUCGAUUACCUUAUUUGGAUGAAUCAUUGAUACGCUAUGUUCAGAAAUUACCAUUGAAUGUCAUUGUUGAUUUGAGAGAAAAGAUUGAACUUGAAAAGACAUUGAAAUGUAAUAAUUCGAGAGAAGGUGCACUCAUUACACGAGAUAAGUUAAUAUUGAGAGAAUAUUGUAAACAUGUAUUAGGUAUUGAAAAAUGUAAUCAACCCAAGAAGGCAAUGCAAUUUGCUUCGAAUAUUGCAAAGGUGAUAAGAACAAGAAGAAAAGAGAGAGGAGAUAAAAGAAUUGAUGAGUAA